AACGGAUUUAUGAAGAUAGCAGUUCUGAUAGCUAUAUUAUCACUGGCGCUCUGUUAUAGAACGCCACAAUUCGAGGCAGCACAAUAGGUCAUAGUGCAAUAUGCUGCCGGUCACAUAUUGGAAGCCCAAGCAGGAGUUCCAAGAUAAGUGGUUGUGGACAUAAAAUUCAAGAAAGCCUUCGAAAUUCCUCCUCAGGUGUUCAUCUCCGCAUAAUUGCUUGAUUGGAGUGUUGGUUUACCUCAUGGGUAUAUGGAGAGAGUUAGCGAUAUCACAACCACAGGUAAUAAUAUAAAAUUAUCAAUCCUAAGGAUUCAAAUUGAGUGGAGUAGCUGUAGGUCCCUCUCCUCUCUAUUCCCUAUUCGUUGAUUGGUAUGCAAUUUAUGAUCCCAGAAUUCAAGUGGUCACAUUCGAAUCAACUGAUGUCAAAGAAUUAAAAACUGGAUAAGGCGAAAGAAAAGUAUCAUACACAAUUGAACACAGUCUCAAAGAUGCAACAAAUGCAAUUGUAGGUUUGAUUGGUUGUAAACACUUGUUAACAAAUCCAAUAGUGGAAGUCAAAGUAAUCAAUGUUUUGCAUUUUAGGUUGAACAAGUAACACCAAAAUCUGUUACUGUCUCAGCUAGAACAUAUUGGCAAGCAUAAUUGGAAUUUGUAAGAUUCAACGUUCUUUUGGGUACUGAUCAAUCUUUGUGGGUCUCACCUGCUUAUGUUUUCUACAAUGAUCCUGCUUCAAGCCAUCCCUUCGUCAAAAGAGCACCAAGUGCAGCUGAAGUUUAACAAACCAUUGAAUUACCAAAAGUAUGGUAGAGCGGUCCAAGAGUUCCUAUUGUUACACUCAGAGGUUAUGAUGUCGAAAGAGCUAGAAACAUGAGAUUGCAAUAUAAUAAAGUAGUACUUGAAUCAAAAUUGUAAUACAAUCUAGUGACAUGUACAUAAUCCUAUUAUUCCUUAAGGGUGGGACACCUAAAUGUAUGGAGUUUUCCAUUAAGCAGCCAUUUUUGUUGCUGACACCACUUACAAAAUUUUUGAUCCAGAUUGUGCUGAACUUUUCUCAGAAUGUAACUUCAAAGGAGACUCAAUUACUGUUUGCGACAGAAUUCCAGAUCUACCAGGAUAUGGAUGGUCUAAACCAAUCAGAUCCUUAACAGUCCCAGUAUCAAGAAGAUUAUAUCUUUUCAAUAAAGAAAAGUAUGAAGGUUAGAAAACUUCUUUCAUUGCAAACUAGCAAUGUAUGGAAUCAAUAACAUUUUCAUUUGCACAACUCCAAUCAUAUGAAGAAGAUCAUCCAGUUCUUGCAAGUUAGUGAAUUUAAUAUUAACA